GAAGGAUGCUAUCAUUGUGGUUGGUAUAGCUAACAUGGAUCCCAGAAAGAAUGCUUACAUAGAGUACCCUGUCCGCACCAUCAUCAUCCCUGAGGACUUCAAUAACUACUCCAUGAACAAUAACGUAGCCCUCCUGAGGACAGACUCGGAAAUGCAUUUCAAUGAUUUGGUUCACCCCAUCUGCUUCCUGGGGAAAGAGCUGCCUAUGCUCCCAGCCUUGCAGAAUUGCUGGGUGUCAGGAUGGAAUCCCACAUCUGCAACAGGAAAUCACAUGACAAUGAGUAUCCUGAGGAGAAUCUCUGAGAAAGACCUUCACCUGUGUCCCCUACACAAACCCCAGAAAACAGGAUGUGGCAGUCACACAGAACGGGAAACUGAUGCUGUCUGCUUGGGGGAGCCAGGCAGCCCCAUGAUGUGCCAGCUGUAGCAUUUGGAUCUGUGGGUCCUGAGAGGAAUCCUGACCCACGGUGGUGAGAAAUGCCCUGGCCUAUACAGGUAUACCAAGGUGGAAGACUGCAGUGACUGGAUCACAUCCAAGGCCAGGGGGGCUGGCCCUCCCCUGUCUUCACUCCACCCCAGGGAGAAGUUGGUCCAUUUCUCCUACCACAGAUUACCUGCUGUGACACAGAAUGCAUAUUCUGAACAGGGCCCUGUUAGAUGGCCCAAAUCCUACUUCCAAGAACAAAGAAAUUCCGCUCUGCAUUUACAGCAUGCAAACAGCUCUAGCUCUAGUCAUGGUCCAGACCUUAGGGUAAAGCAUCUGCGGAAACCAGACAGUUCUGCAGAGGUGGCUGUUCAACCCAUGUACUACAACUACUAUGGUGGGGGGCGGGGGGAAGAUGCUUUUGCAGAUCAGGACAGGGUGCAGCUCCAAGAAAUCAUCUUGGUUUUCUUGAUGCUUGUUUUCUUUGGUGGCAGUGUGUAGAUCUAGGAGCAAACCCACCAAAUGGAAGAGGAAACUCAGAAUGCUGAGUGUCAGGCAUUCACUGUGCUGUUGUGGUGUCUGGUUUUGACAGUUGCAUGCCUGGGCUGCCACAAAUAGAUCCACAGCCUGCACUGGCCUGGCUCUCCCUCCCGUCCCACUCCCACAUGUGAGAAAGUCACUU